AACAAUUUUUAUAGAAUUUUAUGUAAAUAUCAAGUAAUUUAGUUUAUAAUACAUUAAUCUGUUAACUGUUUGUGAGUAUGUAUAUAUUGUAUUAAUUUACAAUCAAUUUAUGUGAUACUCUUAUAUGGGUUAACCUUAUAUGACCUGUCAACUAAACUGUUAUUAAAUAAGCUUAUUAUCCUAUGGUUGCUUUUAUUACCCAUGAGUUCUGUUAAAAAUUUUCAUAAAUAAACUGCAAUAAUUGUGUAAGGACAUGGCUAAAAAUGCAUAUAAAUAGUCUUAAUUAUACUUAAGAAACCUAAAGAUGUUCAAUUCAGGGAUUAAAGGAAAUCAUAGGUAUAAUGGUAUUAGCUCGUUUGAUCAAUUAGUAAAAGACAAAGUUGGUCAAAAUUACAAAUUAGUGACUAUACAAACCAGUAAGGACAUCCACAAUGGAAAGCUCUAUGAUAAGGGCACCUUCAAAAGUGGAACUUUCAACUUGUAUGAUAAAAUUAAGAAUCUUGAUGCCAAGGUGAAAGUCGAACCUGAUAAUCAAGACUUUAAGGAUAAGAUUACUGCCCACAGUAUUAUAGGUUUAAGUGAGGAAAAUGUUAAAUUGCACAAAUCUCCUGCUGUAGUGAAACCAAGAAUUAAACGUGGAAGUAUUCGUGCUACCCACCACGAAACACUUCAACGGAUAGACAAGGAACAAGAUGUUUAUAAUCAUUACCAACAUCAUUGGUUUAGUGCAAGUCUUGAGAAAUUCAAAUUAGAGGACAGAUCCAGGGAAGAACGAAUAGAAAUAACGCGGCAUGAAUUCCAGAGGCAUAUCCAGCAGCUGAUCCGCAGCAACAUCGGCCAACCGAACAAGUUCCCAUUACCGGCUAAACCUGCGAGUUGCGAUUCGGAGCCCGUGACACGCAUCAAGUCGCAGCAGGGUUACAAUCGGCUUGUCACACCUAAGAUCUGCGAGGUAGACAAAUGCAGUCAGCCGGCGCUACCUUGCGCGAAACACUGUACCCUCCACAUAAUGUUGAACACCGACCAGGUCUUGUUUGAUUACUGCACGGCGAAAUUCGCGGACAAUACUCAGUGUUCCGUGCCUGUAUUCGAUAUCUCACACGAGCUGCCCCUGUGUCCAGAACAUGCUAGGAAGAGGGACAACUAUAAAUUAUACCAAGAAGCCAAACCAAAGAAAUUAAGGAAAAAAGUUAAACCCUCCGCGAUGAUUAGGCCACAAAAAAGGAACAAGAAGAAACGAAAACCCAUUAAACCCUCUGACAUUUCUACCUCCAGUGCAAUAUUAGAAGAUACACAAAUUACAGAAGACAUAGAAGUAAGUGAAAUAAAUGAAAUUGAAACAGAAGGUUCUCCAGAAUUGAUAGAAGAAGAGUUGCAAAUUGACCAAGUAUUAGGAUUAAACGAAUCUGGAUUGGAACAAGCUCUCGAUUCCCAAGAACAUCUUCUCGAAGAAACCGACAUCAGUACUGUCUUAAGCACAAUCCAGGUGGACGAAUUCAACGACUUUUUCGCCGUGAACCGAAAUGGCGAAUAUGAACCAUCUCGCGAGGAGGCCGAGGAAUUGGAAAAGGCCCUGGCAGCUGUCGACAACGACGUAAAGUCGUUGGAGAAAUUAAGCCAGACACACGGCCUGCUCGACUCACUGCUAGACGAACACGUGCUGGCCGAAUCCCUCGUCCAGAUACCCGAUGUGUUCCACAACGGAUAUGCGCCUUGCGGCGACAAUAUGGUCGCGCAGACGUCGUCCUACCUCUUGCCCGUCGAGCCCCAUUCUCACUCCUAAUGCGUGAACCGGAGCAUACCACACCACCGAACAUUCACCUUGACAGUACAAUACUUAAUUAUAACGAUAGGUAACUGGCAUACGGGGGUAUUUGUAGGAGUGGCUCAUCCUGUGCGUGGGCAAAUGACGAGGUUAAAUUUCUCUUAUGAAAUACUCUGUCAAGAUAUAUUGACUUACUUAUUGGUUACGAAGCAACUGCUUGGGAUUAUUGAAGUGGUGAGGAGGUGACUUCAAAACUGUGAUACGCAUAUACACGUAAAUAGCCGAUGUUGUUGCUCCAGAUUACUUCAGUGAUCUCAAUCAGUUGCUUGGAAAUCAGUAUUUGAUAUCAAUUCACAUAUUAAACUGUUGGAGAUUAAUUAGUUGUUUUUGACUAAUUUUGCAGACGGUUCCAUUACAUUAAUGGUUACUGUUAAAUAGAAGUGACAGAUUUAACCUCGCCUGAACCCAAAGUUGUUUUCAAUAAACGUGUAACGAAUGAAAAAUUUUAUUCCACUAAGUACGCAAUAAUCAUCAAAAUCGUCCAUCCAUUCAGAGUGAUAAUUUUUCUAAUGCACAGUAAACUGUAGAUUUGUUGUACAUUUCAUCUCGCCUUUUGAUUAAUACCCAAUAAUUGGCUUAAUAUAUGCUCCAUAUGCAUGUGACUUCUGUUUUAAGAACCAUGUGUGACAAAUAAGUACGUAGAUAUUUAUUUGUUAGUUAUAUUAUUUGUAUGAGGUCAUUCAAUUACAUACGUUCCGUUAUUUGUACCAUCAAGUUUCAUAAUAAAAAAAUAACAUUUAACAUCACAUAGUACAAUAAAAAUUGAGGCAAAACGUAGAUUUAAUUAGAUUAAGCGGUAUUGUGUAUGUAUUGUGCUUGUACCAAAGAUUUCAUACAUAAUUGUAGAUAUCACAUUCCACAUUAUAGGUUUAUUUGCCGAUUGGGAAACGUUUGCUUUGUAACAUUCCUAAGAAUAAGUAAUUCUAUAGUUAAUUUAUUAUAAGUUCGCCCCGAUUUGAUAUCUAUGGUUGACGCGUGCAUUUCAUCUUGUAAAAUUUGCCACUGUUAUUAGAUGUCUCUGUUAUUUUCUUGUUCUGAAAUAGAACUUUGCUCAAGUAAUUAAUAGUUUUUCACAAAUAUCAUUGAUAAUGAAUGGUGUGUUUUAUAUCAACGAGAGCCAAUCCACGUGAAACAUCUGAAACAUUCCUUAAAUACGUUUUGCUACUUUAACAUUUUAUGAUACAGACUUAUUUAAAUUGCAUCUUUCAUUUUUUAUGUAUUAACGAGUUUUCGAGUAUCGCCGCUUUUUAUACAAAGAUGUUACGUUGGUUUGAACACAAUACUAAUGUUUGUACAGUGAAUUGUUUUUGGACUUCCAUUGUCUUAAUUUUUGAAGUUGUGACGAUAUCAUUCUUAGCUUGAAAUAUGUAGAGGUAGUGCUAAUUUAAAUAUUGCACCAUCACAGCAUCAAAAAUUAGGGCAAUGGAAGUCCAAAACCAUUCACGUUACAAAGAUUUUAUGUUGUAUAAUACUCAACUCACGGGGGUUGGUGUUUUCUUUUCCUAUUAAUUAGUCAAAAGGGCCUGUAACUAAUGCUUAAAUUGUGUAUUAGUUAUCCGUUAAUAAAACAAACUAAGUAAAUAAAGAUUCACAUAUUUCAACAGGGAAUAUAUUAUAUUUUUAUAAUAAAACCAUGUACACGUUAUUCUUGAACUUGUACUAAUUAUGUUCAUAUACUAAAAACACAAAUAGAUAUUCUAAUACUGAAACAAAUAGUUGUAUUGAUAAUAACCAACCACAACUAACCACUAAAUACUAGCCAUUUCCAACUAUAAAUUAUUUUUGCAAUUUUUUAUAUGUAAUUUAUUUAGGUGGCAUAGUACUAGUAUUAAUUUAUAGUUGAAGACUGAAUAGUAUUUUAGUUUUAUGUAAAUACUAGAUAAUAAAAAAUAAAUAAAAUGCAAACUUCUGUAUGCCAGUUCCUUAAUUAAAAAUUUCAUUAUACAAAAAAAUUCAAAAUGAAGCAAAAAAAAUCGGUAGACGUUUUUCCAUGUAUGGAGCAUAUUUUCCUAGAUAAUUGUAUUUAGUCUAUGUAAUUCAUAUUUUAGGGUAACACAAUGCUAAAUUUUGAUUUGAAAUAGGUGUUAUUUAUUUUAUUUAUAAAAACAACAUGUCAAUAUGUUUUGUAUGUAUUUAUUUUUAUACAUUAUUUAUCAUUUAUAUCGGCAUCAAUAAAUCAAAAGAUUCACUUGCUGUUUAUAAUUUGAAGGUUCCUGAAUUAAGUGUUUAGUUGAACACGGUGAUUUUUAUAUUUUAGUUGAUUUGUGAUAAAUGUAAAAUUUUUAGUAAAAUUAUUUUUUUAUAACUUUUGACAUAUUCAUGAAAUUUUGCGAUGAUUAGUAAUUAAUACUUUUAAUUACAAUUAAAACAGUUGUGCCCUCAUAUCAAUAGAAUGUUCAGAAACACUAUUUUGUACAUAUCAUUUAUAAAAAAACAAGUUUUCGUUAAAAUUGUAUUAAUUGCUGAUAAUCGUUUAGUUUUAUAUACGUGUGGGGUUAAUCAAUUUGCUUUAAACGAUACACCAAUUUCAACAUCUUUGGCCACAAUAAAUUGCUUAAUCCCUCCUUAAAUGUGAAUUUUUUUUAUUUUAAUAUGUUUAACAUUGCUUUUGUUUUCGUAAUAAUACCUAAGUAGAUGUUUUUUACGUGUUAGAAGGAGUUAUUGUAAUCAACCCAGGCGCAACAUUGUAAAAAAAUGUACAAUAAAACAAAAAAUUGUCUACAAUUCUUGAAGAUUGAUGCAUUUGUGUACCUUUAAAUUUGUAUUGUGAGGUUGACUUUUACUUGCGAGAUGGGUCGUUGAAAUCGUAAUUGAAUGAUUUCAGUCAGUGUUGAUGUAUUUGGAGAUGUCAUAGACUUUGAACUUGUUUUCUUUAUAACAUUAAAAAUUGUACAUAUUUCUCAGGUUACAAUUAAUAAUAAAAUUGUAAAAAUCAAUA